AUAUAUAAUGCUUGAUUGAGCCUCACUUCCCUCUUAUAAACCACCCAUCACAGCCUUCAUUCUCCUUCCCCCUUUUUGUUGAACAACCAAAUCUCCAAUCUUUCUCAUUUCAACCUUUUUGAAUUCUUGAGGCAUUUUAUCAAACACUUUAGCGCGCAAAUGGCUAGAACACAACAGCGGUACCGCGGCGUCCGCCAAAGGCAUUGGGGUUCCUGGGUGUCCGAAAUUCGCCAUCCUUUGUUGAAAACGAGAAUUUGGUUAGGGACAUUCGAGACGGCUGAAGACGCGGCCCGAGCCUAUGACGAGGCUGCGAGGCUCAUGUGCGGGCCACGUGCGCGAACAAACUUUCCAUACAAUCCUAAUAUGUCACAAUCUUCUUCUUCCAAACUACUCUCCGCAACUUUGACAGCAAAACUGCAUAGAUGCUACAUGGCUUCACUUCAAAUGACCAAACCUUCAAUCCAACAACAACAAAUGAUGAACUCGAAACGAAUGUGUUCGACUCAUGUUGUCGAGUCUUCACCCGACACAAAGCCAAUGGUGCUGAUGCAACACCAACAACCUGAGGCGGAUAUUAACACCACCCAUCAUCAUCAUCAUCAACAUUAUCAACAUUGUCAUCCUCAUCAUCAACAUCAUCAGCAGCAGCAACAGUUUCUUGCGAAACUCGAGGAUCAUCACAUCGAACAAAUGAUCGAGGAGUUGCUUCACUAUGGAUCGAUCGAAUUUUGUUCGAUUGACCAAUCACAUGACUAGUUCAACGCUUGAACACGGGAAAUGCUAUCUGCUAGGGUGCUGCUAAACGUACCCUCUCUCACAAAAUAUGAGGGGACCACCUUUAAAAAAUAAAUUUCCCUCUCAUGUGGGGGUGCGUUCACUAGAGGGGUACGUUUAGCCAGACCCUAUCUGCUAUUGAAACGGAGAGUCAAACACGACAGCAGUUUUUGCAUAAAAUUUGAUGGACUGCGUUUAAAUUGUGUUUCUAAAACAUGCAUAAAAUGUUUUAGAAUGCAUUUUUAAUAAGUUAGUCGAAAUUUAUGUAAAUACUGUUGUUAAUGAGUUGUAUUAGUAUUAGCACAUUUUUUUUUUCUGGAGCUUCUGUUUGUGAGGCCUAUAGGUUAGAUCUUGUGUAACCGAGAGAAAAGGUCAACCUAUACCGAGUAUAAAAAAAUAAUUGAUUUAUUGUAUUAUAUGAUUAAUCUUUUAUUAAAAGAGUUCAAAUAUGAUUA